AGGCGUGAGGCCGGCCGCAGGACGUACGUGAACAUGAUGUCCGGAGAGAACAAGGUGUGCUGGAACGUCAAAGACCUGAUCCCCAACGGAGAAUACUACUUCCGGGUUCAGGCCGUCAACAAGAUCGGGGGCGGAGAGUUCAUCGAGCUGCGCAACCCCGUCAUCGCUGAGGAUCAGAAACACGCCCCGGACCCCCCGGUGGACGUGGAGACCCACAACCCGACCUCCAGCACCAUCACGCUGACCUGGAAGCCCCCGAUGUACGACGGCGGCGCCAAGAUCAUGGGCUACGUGCUGGAGAAGCAGCUGAAGGGCGAGGAGGCCUGGGGGCGCUGCAACGACUUCCUGGUGCCCGUGCUGUCCUACACCGUGCGGGGGCUGACGGAGGGCAAGAGCUACGCCUUCAGGGUCCGAGCAGAGAACCCAGCGGGGGUCAGCGAGCCGUCCAGAGCGUCACUGCACGUCAAGAUCUCAGACGCCAUCGACCCCCCGAAGGUGUUCCUGAGCGGCAGCCUGCAGUCCGGCCUCAGUGUGAAGCGAGGCGGAGAGAUCUGCCUGAACGCCAACAUCUCGGGAUCCCCGUACCCCGAGAUCACCUGGUACAGGAACAACCAGGUGAUCCGACCCGAAGCGCUGCGCAAGAGACCCGACAAACCACUGAAGAAGAAGGUGGAGAAGAAGGAGGUGGAGAAGAAGGAGGUGGAGACGAAGGAGGAAAAGAAGGAGGGAGAGGCCGUGAAGAAGGAAGGAGAGGAGACGAAAGAGGGAGAGCCUGAGAAGAAAGAGGGAGAGGAGAAGAAGGAAGGAGAGCCUGAGAAGAAGGAAGGAGAGGAGAAGAAGGAAGGAGAGGACUCUGUGCGCGCAGACCACGGCGUCUACAUGGUGAAGGUGGUGAACGACCACGGCAAAGCCUCGGCCACCUGCGAGGUCAACGUGCUCGACACUCCCGGGCCUUCGGUGAACUUCCGGUUCGAGGAGGUGAGGAAGAACUCGGUGGUGUGUAAGUGGGAUGCUCCUCUGGACGACGGAGGCAGCGAGAUCCUGAACUACACCCUGGAGCAGAAGGACAACUCCAAGCUGGAGAUCGGCUGGAGCGUGGUCACCUCCACUCUGAGGGGCUGCCGCUACCUGGUGCCCAAACUCAUCGAGAAGAAGGAGUACCUGUUCAGGGUCGUGGCCGAGAACAAGUACGGAGCGGGGCCGCACUGCGUGUCCAAACCGCUCAUCGCCAAGAACCCCUUUGAACCUCCCGAGACUCCGGAGAAGCCUGAGAUCGAUGACAUCACAGCUCAUAGCAUGCUGGUCAUCUGGACCCCGCCCAACGACAAUGGCAGCCCCAUCCUCGGAUACUGGGUGGAGCGCCGCGAGAUCAACAGCUCGCACUGGGCACGUGUCAACAGGGAAAUCGUUGCCGACACUGAGCUGAACGUUGAAGGUCUCAUCGAAGGAAUGACAUACAUCUUCAGGGUGGCGGCCGAAAACCAGGCCGGCCCCGGGAAGUUCAGCCUGCCCUCCGAACCCAAGACAGCCCAGGCUCCCAUCCGUAAGUAA